CUGUGAGAGCUUCAGGCAGGGACUGUAUGUGCAGCCUCUCCUCGUCUCUGGGCGGUUCCAGUCUGAAAGAGACGUUUAGGAAGACCGCUCACCAACAAAACUAUCAACCCAGACACAAACAUGGCGCCUGCCUCCACCGACAACUUCAGAUGAAAGUGUGGCGAAGAAGUGACCCGCAAAGUUUCCACAGGAGUGUUUCUUCGCUCGCGGUUUCGGUUGUAACUCAUUUUUGCUCUGAACGAAUAAGUCUACGGAAUAUAUCAAGCGGAUAAAACCAGCAAGUUGCCUACAUGUCAACAUUGUCUGUUGCUGCAGUGUAAACAGCUGGUACUCCCAGCCAUGAUCGAGGACAAGGGCCACCGUGUGACCGACUACUUUGUGGUGGCCGGGCUGACCGAUAAGUCCACACCCUUGGAACAGGACCUGACGGAGGCCAAGUCCAGUGGGCCCAAAGCCCCCAUCACUGACCUGGCCGUCAUCAACAGGUCAGCAGGCGAAACCGUGCCCGAAGGCUUCACCUGUAUCGACAGCACCUACAGCGGCCAACCUGCUAACCUGAACCAUGGUAGUCUUAAGAGCCCUGAACUCUUCCUUUGCUACAGGAGGGGUCGUGGGAAGUCUCCUCUCAUUGACAUUGGGGUGCUAUACGAAGGCAAAGAGCGUCUGAUCCAAGGUUGCGAGGUCAUCCAGGCCACGCCAUACGGCCGCUGUGCCAAUGUCAACAACAGCUCUGCCACCUCGCAACGCAUCUUUAUCACGUUUCGCCGCGCGCCACCCGUCCAGCACCAAAAUUCCCUGGCAGUGACGGACAUCUGUGUUAUCGUCACCAGCAAGGGCGAGACCCCACCGCAUACCUUUUGCAAGGUGGACAAGAACCUCAACUGUGGCAUGUGGGGCUCCAGUGUGUUCCUGUGUUACAAGAAAUCAGUAUCGUCGUCCAAUUCCAUCAGUUACAAAGCUGGUCUCAUCUUUCGUUAUCCAGAGGAGGACUAUGAGUCUUUUCCUUUGUCAGAGUCUGUGCCUCUGUUUUGUUUGCCCAUGGGUGCCAAGAUUGAGUGUUGGGCACCAAGCACACGUGACCCUCUCCCUGUCUUCUCUACAUUUGUUUUAACCAUCUCUUCUGGUGAAAAGGUGUAUGGAUCAGCCAUCCAGUUCUACGAGCCGUACCCAGUCGAUCUGUUGAGCGAGAAGCAGAAGAUCCAACUGGGCCUGCUCACCACGGUGGAGAAGAAGAUGAUCCGCAACCGGCCCGUCAACACCAACAAGUGCAUCUGCCUUCUGUCCCGCUGGCCUUUCUUUGAAUCCUUCCGCAAAUUCCUAUUGUUCCUCUACAAGCUGUCUGUCUCAGGCCCACAUCCACUGCCUAUUGAAAAGCACAUCUCGCACUUCAUGCACAAUGUGUCAUUUCCCUCUCCACAGAGGCCUAGAAUUUUGGUCCAGCUCUCUGCUCAUGACACCUUGAUACUCUCCCAGCCUGUGUGUACACCCUUACCUCUCAGCGGGGCAGAUUACGGCACUCUGCUGAUGAAUCUGGGCUCGGAGAACUGCGCCACACUGCUGCACUUUGUCCUUCUGGAGAGCAAGAUCCUGCUGCACUCACUCCGACCCGCUGUCCUCACCGGUGUUGCAGAGGCCGUGGUGGCUAUGAUCUUCCCUUUCCAGUGGCAGUGUCCCUACAUCCCUCUGUGCCCACUCUCUCUAGCUGGUGUCCUCAACGCUCCGUGUCCAUUUAUAGUGGGCGUCGACUCCCGCUACUUUGACCUUUAUGACCCCCCGCCAGACGUUGUCUGUGUGGAUCUAGACACCAACACCAUCUACCUGUCUGAUGAGAAGAGACACAGCAACUGGAAGAACCUCCCAAAAAAGCCCUGCAAGAGCCUCAUUAACUCACUAAGCAGCUUGCACCACCAGCUGGCCACUAUUUCAGUGCGUCAAACAUCACAGGAGAGCUCAGCAAUCGACAUGACCCCCAUUGAGGCGGACUUCACUUGGCAUAAGAAGAAGACGGCUCUAGAGAUGGAAAUCCAGGAGGCCUUCUUACGAUUCAUGGCCUCCAUCCUGAAGGGCUACCGCUCCUACCUCAAACCCAUCACCACGGCACCCUCUGAGAAAGCCACAGCCGCAGACUCGCUCUAUGACCUGCAAGGCUUUCUGAAAAGCAGAGACCGUGCCCACCAGAAGUUCUACUCCCAGCUCACCAAGACUCAGAUAUUUAUCCGCUUCAUAGAGGAGUGUACCUUUGUCAGCGACAAGGACACCGGCUUGGCCUUUUUUGAUGAUUGCGUGGAGAAGCUUUUUCCCUCUGAUAAAAUCACGGACAAGGGCACCAAGGUUGAAGGAGAGUCAUCUGAGGACACAAAACUGUUGGAACUGGAUGAGUCACAGAAGAGUGAGCACACGGUCUUUGUUAUGCCCCCUGAACCUCCACCAGGGGAUGGACCUGAACCACCUGCCCGAUACAUGUAUAAAGGUUUCCCCAGGCUGAAGAUGGAGCUGUUUGACCGCCCCAGAGCGUUACGUCCAGCACUGAGCAGCAGAGCGGCAGGGGCCAGUUUGUCUAGCAGUCCCGCCCUUCUUGCCAAAAGAACGAAACAGGAGAUCAAGCUAGCGUACAAGAUGGCAAAACGCUUCUACUCAAACCCUCCGCUGUGGGCGCGUUGCCUCUUCAGUCACUGCUACAGCCUGUGGUUCAUCUGCCUGCCUGCCGCUGUGCGACUGGCCAAGUCUAAAAGCCGAGCCAUGCAGCAGGCGUACAACAUUCUGCUGAAGAUGAGGACCACUGAGGUGGAGGUUCUGGAUGAGGUGUGUUACAGAGUGGUGAUGCAGCUCUGCGGUGUGUGGGGUCUUCCUGUUAUGGCAGUGCGUGUCCUGGUGGAGAUGAAGAAAGCUGGAGUACACCCCAAUGCCAUCACAUACGGAUAUUACAACAAGGCAGUCUUAGAGAGCCCAUGGCCGAGCCGAAACCGCAGUGGCCUGUUUAUGUGGACCAAGCUGCGUAAUGUGCUGCGUGGAGUUGCUCAAUUUAAACACGCUCUACACCGCAAGCCUUCCAAGAAGGGAACUUCGCUCACAACUACAACUGCAUCAAUAGGCAGUUCAGCAGUCACUGACGCUGACCGUUUGAGUCAUGGAAGCGCUGACAGCUCAAAUGAGGUCAAUGGUGAAGAUAACGUGUUUGCCCACAGCCACAGCAUGGAAGACACAUCAGACAACCACUGUAAUACAGGAAGACAAUCGGAUCAAGGCUAUGGUUCCAAGGAUGAGUUACAUCAGGAGCUGCCAGAGCCUUCAAAUACAGCUGUGCUUUCCACUGAAGAGCGAAACGGUGGCAAAUCACAGCACAAUGGAGGUGACAUAGCAGGUUCGGUGGACAGCGCUGUAGCAGUGGCAGAGCCUCCCAGCCCUGUUGAUGUGACCUCACCUGUUCCUAGUAUUGUCAGGUUGUCCACAGGGAGCUUUGAUGGUGGCAGGGAAACUGGUUCAGGGAAGCUGUUCAGGAGGCACAGUAAAAACGAUAAUGUGUCCCUGCCUGAUGACGAUGCCCCAAUGGUAUCUGAAGAUGUCGUUAACCAGUCACAGCAGCAGAGGCAGAAGGCCUUCGCUGAGCGCAGCUGUAGCUUCAGUGCUGAAACCCGUGCUGGAAUGCUGUUGGAGAAAGGCGUGGACCACAUGGCCAGCCAAAUGGGCGCAGAUGCCCGUAUCCUGGCUGCGGCACUGUCCGUCAGCCAAAGUCCACCCCCCAACAGUGUUUCAAAAGCACUCUUUAAAGACCUGGAGGAAGAGCCUGAAGAUGACAAGGACAUGGCAGGUGGGAAGCUGCCGGAGGAAGAGGCGUCAGUAGCAUCCGAAGAGGAGAAGGGACUCGAUAGAAAUGCGGAAGACGUUGAGGUUGAUGUUGAUGUCGAUGUUGAGGACAAAACAGAGCAAGACAAAAAGAACAGUGAGGAGGAGAUGGGUGCACGUGGAGUGGCCCUUGAGAGGGAGGAUGUGGAGGUGGGUUCGGACCCACUCUCCCUCCUGGUAUCAGAGAGUGACGAGUCAGCCUCUGUGACCAGCCAGGAGCCGCCACGCUCUGUGCCUGCUGUAGUGUCCCGAAACCUGGCCGAGGAGAUCGAAAUGUACAUGAGCCUGCAAAGCCCCCUUGGUGUAAAGUCAUCCAGUAUGGAGCUCCAGCAGCCUCAGGGAGACUCCACUGACGCCCCACAACCUAAGCAGCCACUGGAGCGGAGGUCCAGCCUCCCCGUCGCUCCUGUAAAAACUCCAAUGGGCUCACCAGGCGACACACCCAAACGGAGCCCCAACGCUGUGACCCGCUCAAAGACUUUUGCGGCAAAGACAAAGACCCCUGCUAGCACCACAGCUAGUCCAGGCCCCAGGUCUUCCUCACUGACGGCGCUGGUCAAGUCUUCUCAAGGUGGCUCAUUGGGUUCUGUCAUUAACUCCAUUUCAGGCAUAAAGAUGGACACCCUUUUAUCAGGGCCUAAAAUGGAUGUCUUCAAGUCAAGCAUGAAGCAGGCGGCGAAUGUUGCAAGUAAAGUGUGGGGAGCGGUCGCUUCAGCUUACUCCUACUCAGAUGAUGAGGAUGAACAAGGUCUGGGUGCUGGCGGUUUCCCAGUAAACCUGGAUGAACAGAUGCUGGCUGCGCACGAUAUAGAUGAGAGUCCUGACAGAGGGGUGAUCCCGGGUUUGGUGGCCAAUGGUCUGAACCAGAGCUGCACCAGCCUUGGCAGUAGCAGCGGCAGCAGUGACACAGGCCGAGGGACACACCAGACACAUCCGACCCCAGGCCGUGCAGGCAGGGGUCCAGACUCUGAGCAAGGGUCUUCACAUCACGCCUCCUCCUUGAGCAUCUACCAGAACUUUGCACUAGAGGUUCUUAUGUCGAGUUGCUCCCAGUGUCGCAACUGUGAAGCCCUGGUUUACGACGAGGAGAUCAUGGCGGGUUGGACGGCUGAUGACUCCAACCUCAACACCAACUGCCCUUUCUGUCGCACAGCCUUCCUUCCCUUAUUGCACAUUGAGUUUCACGAUCUACGCACAAUGACUGGCUUCUACAUGAAUCCCAGUGCCUCAGGAGACAGUAUCCACAGCACCAGCGCACAGCCCACAGCUAGCAGUUCAGCCGACAUCAAGACAACAGAUCUUAUCUCGUUUCCUGAAGAGGAACCCAGAGGGACCCCUGAUAACAAACCUGGAACACCUAAGAAUCUGAUUCCAGAACCGGUUCAGUCAGACCCCCUAGGUCUACUGGAGCGCCAGGCAGCAGGGAAACAGCCCAGAUCCAGUGGAACUUCACUCACGCGCAGCAACAGUGUAGGAGGUCCUCUACAGAGUCUGGACUCAUCCCAGAGACCUGGACAUGGUGUUUCCACGACCAGCCUACCCUGCAGCCUGCAGGAGGUGUCGGACGGCAUUGGAACCAAACGGCCAAACCCUAAGCCAGUAUCUGUUCCAUAUCUGAGUCCUCUGGUGUUACGCAAGGAGCUGGAGACACUACUAGAGAAUGAGGGAGAUCAGGUGAUCUACACCCACAAGUUCCUCAGCCAGCACCCGAUCAUCUUCUGGAACCUGGUUUGGUAUUUCCGCCGUCUGGACCUGCCCACUCACCUGCCCGGUCUCAUCCUGACCUCGGAACACUGCAACAAUGGAGUACAGCUGCCCCUGACAUCUCUGUCCCAGGACAGUAAGCAGGUUUACGUCCAGCUCCUGUGGGACAACAUCAACCUCCACCAAGAACGUGGAGAGCCACUCUACCUCCUGUGGAGAGGACUGUUGGAGAAGAAGGGGACACUGGCUCCUACAGACUACCAGGAGAUCCGAACCCUCCUCAACACGAUUGUUCGCAACAUCCAGACCAACGAUGUCUACGGGCCAAUCAACCUGCUGAUCCGGGAGAUCAAACGGCGUCCAGAGGGAGUCAAACGUCAGAGGAGUAUAUACAGAGAAAUACUGUUUCUGUCCCUUGUGGCUUUGGGACGGGAGAACAUCGAUGUAGAGGCCUUUGACAGAGAGUUCCGCUCUGCGUACGACGAAUUGAGCGCUGAGCAGCUCAAGUCUUUGCACCGCAUCGAUCGACCGCCCAGCCAAAGCGUCCAGUGGUGCCUUAAAUGUUUCGGAACCCCCUUCAUUUGACCACUCUUCAGCUGCAAAAUCCAGCAACAUGUGACGGCAGGAGGGAAGGACAAUAUGGGCGAGGGUGUGAGCAAAACAUUCUGAUUGUCAGCAUGGUACUAAUUGUUCCCCCUUUUGUCCUGAAGAUGCCCAUUAUCUGCUUUUUUUUUUUUUUUUUUUUUUUUUUUACUACAAUAUUAUUAAGCUUUUCAUAGGUUUUCCAAGCAGCACCAACAGGUGGGACUAUUUCUAUCAACUGCUUGGUGCGUUGCAGUGAAUCGUUUGGGACUAGUUAAGGUGUGUGUCCUUACAGAUGGUGUAUACAAUGAUUACUUAAUGUACAGAAUGUACCGACUGCCCUUGAGGUUGAUGAUUUCGUGUGUAUGUAUGUAAUCAUCGUUUUCCAGCCUUGUUCAGCCAUUUUGCUUUUAUCUGUCCCGAGAUUAGCUCAGAGUUGGUGGACCGUGUACAGACCCCGACUGUUUCUUUGUGCACUUUCUAACAAAAAGUAACUCAAGUCCAACUGUCUUUUUGUAUAUAUUUUUUACACGCCAGAAAUCUAAAACCUGGGGUUGCCUAUGUUUUUUUGUGGCAACAAGUCUUGAUGCCUUUACUGUUUGUGUGGUCCACGUCUUAAUGAAUGUUAUUGAAGAGAGUUCAGUUUUUCUCUGGUUGUAAAUGUUCAGAGUUGGGUGCUCUGUAUCUGUAAAUACAUAUCGAUAGCACACAUGUAUAUGGGAGAGGACUGAGGCCAUGGACAAUCAGACAUUGUCAAUCAGUGUGAUUACUCUGCGACAUUCCAGAUGCCCAAACAGGUCUUAAAGUAUUGAUCUUCUCAUCAACACCAAACUGAAUAUGUUUAAAAACCGGCCAAAUGGAUGGAGAGAUCAUUAAAAAAAAAAAAUCCUUCAGUUUUUAAGUGAAAAGGCGUGCCACACUACUGAUGAACAGCCAUUUCUGCACGUUAAACCAUUCUCCUGCAGGGAAAGACGCACAUCAGUCCAACUCGUGUUUUUAACAGUAGCGUACUGGACUAAUACGCCUUACAGAUACGAUAAAUCACAGUUGUAUCUCUUAUAUUCAGGCUAUUCCUUACUUGCUUCAUGUAGCAUAGUAAAAACAUUGUUUUAAUUGGGUGUAUUACUUGCUGAUCUUUUGCUUUUAUGGUUUACACACAGUUUAAUAACGGUAGGAAUUAGAGCUUUAUACUGCAAAUACCUUUUUCAAUACUGCUGAUGCUGUGUCGAUGCAAACAAUUUAAUGACAUUCCACUCAAAGCUGACAGAAAAAAAGCAAAGUGCUGCAAUGAACUGUUGGGAAAUGGAUGUAUAUGGUCCUAAUGUAGAUCGGGGAGAGUAAAAGCUGAUUUGUACAGAGGAAAUAAUGUUGUAAAAUGUAAAUGUGCACUGCGAACAUUAAACCUAACCCAGGGUGAGGAUAUUUGUGACCUUCCUCACCAGCUAUUAAUUCAAUGAGACCACCUCAGAAUUUAGUUUUUCUUCCAAAACAUAAGAAAAAUCUCUAUUUAUUUUUGUAUUAUUGACAUUUGGAUUCCAGACCAUGUCAGUUUAGUUUUUCUUUUUUAUGACUAACAAGCCCCCUUUCCCUUUUUAAUCUGUUUUAAGGGGUUUCACCUUGUACCGGCUCCCUGUGGCGGAUGAUGUACAGAAAUACAGUUCUUUAACAAUAGAUAAAGUGAUCUCUUACCGUCCUGUGGAAAGGAAUUGAAUGUCUACACAUAAGUGCGCUGCAAUAAAUGAGUUUGUGACCUCAUUCAGAUCUA